UGCUGCUGGCCAAGCCCUGCGCCCCGGAGCCGGCGUCGGAAGCCAACGGCACGUGCCAGGGCUCCAACCGCUGCCAACCCGGCGUGCUGCUGCCCGUCUGGCAACCCGACGACCCGUCCUUCGGCGACAAGGCGGCGCGCGCCGUCGUCUACUUCGUGGCCAUGAUGUACAUGUUCCUGGGCGUCUCCAUCAUCGCCGACCGCUUCAUGGCUUCCAUCGAGGUCAUCACCUCCAAGGAGAAGGAGAUCACCAUCACCAAGGCCAACGGCGAGACCAGCAUCGGCACGGUGCGCAUCUGGAACGAGACGGUCUCCAACCUGACGCUGAUGGCGCUGGGCUCGUCGGCGCCCGAGAUCCUGCUCUCGGUGAUCGAGGUGUGCGGCCACAACUUCCAGGCGGGCGAGCUGGGGCCCGGCACCAUCGUGGGCAGCGCCGCCUUCAACAUGUUCGUGGUCAUCGCCGUCUGCGUCUACGUCAUCCCCAGCGGCGAGAGCCGUCGCAUCAAGCACCUGCGCGUCUUCUUCGUCACGGCCGCCUGGAGCAUCUUCGCCUACAUCUGGCUCUACCUGAUCCUGGCCGUCAUCUCGCCCGGCGUGGUGCAGGUGUGGGAAGCUCUGCUCACCCUCGUCUUCUUCCCGGUCUGCGUGGUCUUCGCUUGGGCGGCUGACAAGAGGCUGCUCUUCUACAAGUACGUCUACAAGCACUACCGCGCCGACCCGCGCAGCGGCAUCAUCAUCGGCACCGAGGCCGAGCUCCCCAAGGGCAUCGAGCUGGACGGCGGCUUCCAGCCCCCCGAGCGCCGCGAGGCCGAAGGCUCCGCCAUCACCGCCGGCACCGCCGGCACCGGCGCCGUCACCGCCUCGCCCGCCCUCCCCGCCAGCGCCGAGGAGAAGGAGCUGGACGAGAGCCGGCGCGAGGUGAUCCAGAUCCUGAAGGACCUGAAGCAGAAGUACCCGGAGCGCGAGCUGGAGCAGCUGGUGGACAUGGCCAACUACUACGCCCUCCUGCACCAGCAGAAGAGCCGGGCCUUCUACCGCAUCCAGGCCACGCGCAUGAUGACGGGCGCCGGCAACGUCCUCAAGAAGCACGUGGCCGAGUUCUCCAAGCGCUCGUCGGCGCUGCUGGAGGUGCCGUCGGACGCCGAGGAGGAGGCGUGCAGCCGCAUCUUCUUCGAGCCCUGCCUCUACCACUGCCUGGAGAACUGCGGCGCGGUGACGCUGUCGGUGGCGUGCCAGCACGGCGCCGAGCUCAACCACACUUUCUACGUGGACUACAAGACGGAGGACGGCUCGGCCAAGGCGGGCUCGGACUACGAGUACAGCGAGGGGACGCUCAUCUUCAAGCCGGGCGAGACGCAGAAGGAGCUGAAGAUCGGCAUCAUCGACGACGACAUCUUCGAGGAGGACGAGCACUUCUUCGUGCGCCUGCUCAACCUGCGCGUGGGCGACGCCGAGGGGAUGUUCGAGGCCGACUCGGCCGAGCACCCCAAGGGUCGCUUGGUGGCCCCGCUGGUGGCCACCGUCACCAUCCUGGACGACGACCACGCCGGCAUCUUCUCCUUCCAGGAGCGCCUGCUGCACGUCAGCGAGUGCCAGGGCGCGGUGGAGGUGACGGUGGUGCGCAGCUCGGGCGCCCGAGGCACCGUCCUGCUGCCGUACCGCACCGUGGAGGGCACGGCGCGCGGCGGCGGCGUGGAUUACGAGGACGCCUGCGGGGAGCUGGAGUUCCGCAACGAUGAGACGGCUGUCACCUCCAAGUCCAGUGUCACCUCCACAUCCGGUGUCACCUGCAAGUCCGGUGUCACCUCCAUGUGCGGUGUCACCUCCAUGUCCAGUGUCACCUCCAUGUCCGCUGUGUGUGCGCUCUGCCCCACGCCUCUGCCACGUCCCCAUGUCUCCACGUCCCCACGUCCCCGUGCCGUGUCCCCAUGUCCCCAUGUCCCCACGUCCCCACGUCCCCACGUCCCCACGCCGCAUCCCGCAGCCGACGGGGACCGGGCACUGUCGGCGGAGGAGGAGGAGGCGCGACGCAUCGCCGAGAUGGGGAAACCCGUCCUGGGGGAGAACUGCCGCCUGGAGGUCGUCAUCGAGGAGAGCUACGACUUCAAG